AUGCUUCGAUUUCAGUCACGAACAAUGGUACAUUUGUUCUGGUUGAAUUUGCUGAUACUCGUCGGCGUGACUCAACCUAAACCCAGUCGAAGCUUCGACUGGGAAUCCAUAAAAUACGUCUACGCGUUCGGCGAUUCCUAUUCUUUUGUCCAAGGUACUCUUGGACAUGCUAACAAUAGUUUUAUUCGAGAUGCUCUCAAUCCAUCUUUCACUCCUCAGGAGCUGCUAUCGGACAGGAUUAUCGCGAGGAAUACUAGCUCUGAAGGCUCCAAUUGGCUGCAAUUCUUGACCGGAUGCUUCGAAGGCCUGCCCUCGCAGUGCGAUAAGCAAUUGUGGGACUUUGCGUUUGCUGGCGCAGAUAUCAGUGCAACGAUCCUUCCUCGCCAUCAUGAUUUUACAUUGCAACUCGUCGAGCAGGUUGAUCAAUGGGCUCGAUUUGCCUCAAAGGUCAUUCCCCACCCUGAAGAGGAGACGAUGACCGCCUGGUGGAUUGGAAUAAAUGAUACUGGUGACUCGAUGAAUAACGCAUCGAUCACCGACUUUGGUGCAUUUUGGGAGAAAGAAAUGUCCUCCUACUUUGAAGCGGUGCAAUUGGCUUACGCCACUGGACUUAAAACGCACCUCUUCAUCAACGUUCCGCCUGAAGACCGUUCACCCAUCUGGAAUCGGAAUGCCCAAGGAGCUGCAACGAUUCGAUCUCACAUCGCGCUGUUCAAUCAAGUUCUAGCUAAUCACACCGAGAGGUUCGCUUCACAAAAUCCAGAUGCAAUUGUAUUGACGUUCGAUUCAAAUGCAUGGUUCAACAUGGUCUUGGAUCAUCCUAAAGAGUUCGGUUUCACCAACAUCACUGGGUUCUGUACCUGCGCUGAUCCCGUGGGCUUCUUCUGGUACAAUUCGGGUCAUCCCACCCAGGCGGUUCACCGUCUGCUUGCAGAAGCGAUCGAGGCGCAGCUUGUCGAUGAAUGA